AUGCGGAAUCCAUCCGUCUCAUCUGGACGACCGGCGUCUGAACCACACAGUCAUUCGCACAACACGCAACCAACAAUUAUUGAAAGUCGUCCAGACAAUGCAGACGAACAGCCGCCCAGGAUCCGCCAUGGCUCCGACAAUUCAAAACCAAAAAGAGUGCGGACGGGCUGUCUAACCUGUCGCGAACGCCAUCUGAAAUGCGAUGAGGCGUUGCCAAGGUGUCAGAAUUGCUCCAAGUCUGGGAGGAUAUGCAAGCGAGGCGUUCGCCUCAAUUUCAUCGAUACUCAAACAGUAUCUCCGCCUCAUUAUAUAACCCCUCCGCACCGGUCCUUUUUCGCCUUUCAGGAUGAGUCGAGAGAGAUCGCAUCCGAAUAUGAGGGAGGUUUCGAGAGAUAUCCUUCAUUGAAACAGUAUAACCAGGCGUCUCAAGAAGCAACUUCGCAAUUCGACUUUCCUGAUGUUCUGAACGCAUCUGUGAUGCCGAGGCAGUCUUUGCCCGUAUCUCCUUCCAUGCUUCCAUCAUAUCCCGAGGCGCAGCAUACAGAUAUGCAAGAUUCCAUAUUCAGCGAGCCUUCGUACAUAACACCAUCAUUUGCUGAACAGUCCACUUUUCUACCGAAAUCAUCGCCUGUAUCUGCUUCAAACAUCCGCCCAUAUAUCAACACUCCCGAGGAAGCCCUUCUCAUGCAAGUUUUUGUAGAAGAAGUUGGGCUUUGGAUGGAUUCUAUGGAUGCCCAAAAACAUUUUACAGAGAAGCUGCCUUUCCAUGCACUUGGAGAACCUAUGCUACUCAACUCCAUUCUGGCGUGUGGAGCCCGACAUCUCCAUCUUGUGAAUCCGUCAUUCAGUGAAGACCGCGCAUUGCAUUACUACAAUGCUGCCUCCCGAGCCUUGCUAUCCCAUUUGCAAGACCCCAGUCGGGAUUCUGUUCUUUGUGCUACGACUGCUGUCAUUUUGAAUUGUUAUGAAGUAAUGUGCGAGAGUGCAGUGCAACGGAUGAACCAUAUCGCGGGUGCCAGAGCCCUCAUCAAAGAGUGCCAGUGGAACGGAAAAACACCUGGAGUAGGCGGUGCGUGUUUUUGGCUCAAUGUUGGAAUGGAGCUGUUAAGCUGUCUGCAUUUCGAUUGGCAGAUGGCCUGGGACCCUGACACGUGGGGAAUGGACAUGGAAUCGGAGCUUGUGCCUUCGCAAAGUCUAUUCGGUGACGAAGAGUCAUGGACGCAUCGGAUGGUAUUCAUCUGUGCGAAAGUUGCUAACUUUCGCACGAGUGCUCCUCAACUCCAGGGGUCAGAUCGGCAUACUCAAACCAUGCGACUGCAACAGCGGUGCCAUGAAUGGACUACAUAUAAGAGGUGGUGUGACGAGUGGGCAAAAUGCAUUCCACGUUCGAUGAUUCCCAUGAGCUAUCUUCAUCCAUGGCAAACAACCUCAAAGUCGGCCUUUCCUGAAGUUUGGCUAAUCAGACGACCUGCGAUUGCUGCCCGUCUGUUCUACCACACCACUUGCAUUCUUUUGGCCAAAUGCCAUCCUGUCGAAUCCGAGUUUAGUACAGAAAUGCGGGACAUGCAACAAAGACAUGCCCAUGACCUGUGCGGCAUCGUUGCUCACGUUAAGGACCGUGGAGUUGCUACCAUGUCAAUCCGCUGUCUUGCAAUCGCAGCUGAAUGUUUGGUCUCUCGUGAUGCACAGGAAGAAAUCCUGGACAUCAUGGAUAAAAUCAUGAAGGAGGCUGGCUGGCGUAUUGGCUUUCUCAAGAACGAGCUACAAGAAAAAUGGGGCUGGGAAACUCCCAACAAUCGUCCCCAGUCGGAAUCUGCAAGCUCUACGACAACCUUAAAUGGCCACUCGCUGUUGAAUUCCAACUCGAUGACGACACCUUCGCGCACGAGGGUACAAUCAGGGAUUGUGAAUCCCUUAAUGGUUAGCGCUGACUUUUCCAUGCCAAACCAUCCAUAUCAGGAUCAUUAUGUUGCCCCGCAAAACCACCUGGACGGCUACAAUUACCCUCCUCCAUACUAG